UAUAUGUGUGUGUGUGUGUGUGUGUGUCUCUCUCUCUCUCUCUCUCUCUCACACACACACACACACAUCAAAAUAGCUUCUUCUCAAAUGGAGGCCUCGGCUUUGACAUGGUGGUGCGCGCUUCUCCUGGGAGCAGUUCCAUUCCUUGUUCAGGUGAUUUGGUACUGGAAUGAUCUGCGAUACUUUACUUCUGCAAAGAUCAAAUCAAUGAAGAAGAAUAAUAAUAGUAGUGGUGGCAACGACGGUGGUCGCGGUGGCGAUGACAAUAGUAGUAGUAAGGGCGUCGCGGGCCGGGGUAAGCUUCCGCCGGGCCACAUGGGCUUGCCCGUCAUCGGCGAGACCCUCUCCUUGCUUUGGUACUUCAACUUUGUUCAUCGUCCGGAUGACUUCAUCAACUCUAAGAAGCAGAGGUAUGGAGAGGGGGCAGGGAUGUACCGAACGCACCUAUGCGGGAAGCCGACGAUCGUGGCGUGCACGCCGGCUGCCAACAAGUUCGUGCUGCAGUCGGGCGGGGAGGACUUCCGGUCAAUGUGGCCGUCGGUGGAGCUGGUGGGGCCGUCUUCCGUCAGCAACGUCGAGGGCCGUCAGCACGUUCGCAUCCGCGCAUUCGUCCUCGCUGCAGCUAACCACCCCAAAUCCCUCAGCAAGAUUGCCCGCGCCAUCCAGCCCAGCAUCGUCGCCGCCCUGCGGUCGUGGGCGGUCGCCGGCACGAUCAACGCCUCCGUCGAGACCAAGAAUGUAAUAUUUAAGAACAUAUGCAAGAUGUUUGUUAGUAUGGAUCCAUCGCCCGUCACCGAAGAGAUAGAUCGGUGCUUUGAAGGCUUUGCUGCAGGGUUCAGAUCAGUGCCCAUCAACUUUCCAGGCACUACAUUUCAUCACGCUCUUCAGUGUCGACGAAAAUUGUCAGCAAUAUUUAGAGAAGAACUCGCAAAGAGGAAGGAAAAGAAGCAUGGAGUCGAAGAAGCCGGUGAUCUAAUGAAUGGCUUGAUGCAAGUGGAGGACGACGAAGGGAAGCAAAUGAGCGACGACGAAGUCAUAGACAACACCAUUACCCUCGUCCUCGCGGGGUACAAAUCGACUUCACUUGCUAUAAUGUGGGCUCUCUAUCACUUGUCGAAAACCCCGGAUGUUCUUCAUAAGCUACGGGAAGAGAACAUCUUGCUAAGAAAAGAGAAGAAAGGGGAGUUCCUCACAUUGGAUGAUACAUAUCAAUUGAAGUACACAUCUAAGGUUGUGGAAGAAACACUUAGGUUAGGGAACAUAACUAUGUCGGUUCCUCGAGUCGCCAACCGAGACAUCGAGUAUCAAGGCUAUAGAAUACCUAAAGGAUGGCAAGUUCUUGUUUGGAUCCGAUCGCUGCACACGGAUGCGAAGAACUUCGACGAUCCACUGAGCUUCAACCCCGAUAGAUGGGACAAACCGGCGAAACCUGGCACGUUCCAAGCGUUCGGAGGGGGCCGGAGGAUUUGCGCGGGAAACAUGCUUGCGCGAUUAAAUCUUACAAUCAUCCUGCAUCACCUCUCUGUUGGUUAUAAGUGGGAAUUGCUCAAUCCAAAUGCAAAGAUAUCACACUUCCCUCAUCCAAGGCCUGUAGAUGGGGCUGCAAUGAAAUUUAGUACACUUUGAAGCUACAUAAAGGACUGAAGUGGAUCAAAUGUUAUUGGGCUCUGAUUUAGUUCCUAGAAGCUGUUAUGUAGCAUAAAUGCGAGAUAUUAACUGUGAGCAAAUAAGUUGGUGUUGAUUUGGGUAAUAUCAAUAUCUCAAAUUGAAAGAGUGUUUGCCUUAAUUUGGUGAAACUACAAUGGCCUCUGUUUGGAUUGUAAAAUUUUCCACACCUAUUUUCGUGAGCAAAUCAUAGCUGGACAUUAACUACUCUUUUUUUUGUUUACGUCUUGAACAAGAAUUUUGAUGAAAAUGGUACCUCACCUGUGAAUGUUUAAUAUUGUAAUAGUUAGGUUUA